UGCACAGAUAUAUAAACAUAUAAAGGAUAAUCUAGGAUAUUCUAAGAAUAUAUGAUUGUAUACAGUUAUAAUGAUCCAGAGAUAUUUCAAAGGGACAGUGGAUGAAUCAGAUGAUUCUGAAUUUGCAGAGUGGAGUUGAACUACAUAAUGAUUACUGGCAGUAGGCUCAGUAAAGCAUCAGUGAGCCAUCAGUGUCCUAGUGGUGUAGUGUAGAGUUCAACAGAAUGAUGGUAGAUGGAAAUAAAGCUGACCCUGACCCUAAUAAAAUCCCUAGGCAUAAUCCUGGAGCAGGAGGAAGGGAGUGGAGGCCUUCAUGUCUCAUGAAAGUUGUCUAAAAAUGCAAUGACUUUACUGAUACUUGGUCCUGACUGUAGAGCACCAGAUUUAAUAACUUUGAGUGUGGUAAUAGUUUCAUUCAUAUCAAAGGCAAUGAUUCUUCCUGUAAAUGUGAAGCCAGGGUACAAAACUGAUUUGAAAAAAAAGGUUAGAUUCAAAGGCAAAUAGUGCCAAAUAUUAUAUUGGCUUUAGACACAUGUAACCAUAACAGAAGGAAAACAAGGAGAAAGAAAAAAAUAUGGAAUUGCAAAACAAAACAAACAUGUAAACUAAAGGAAAAAAAUGACAACUAAUAUACAUUAAAUAAAUAUGAUACAGGUAAUGAAGUGUAACUUUAAAUCUGAUGUAAAAUGGAUAAUAACUCAAAAAAUAGAAAAAAGAUAAUCAGUUUGAUAUGUUUCGCCAUAAAAUCCUCCAUGGAGUUAUUAAUAAUAAACAAUCAUAUUUAUGUAAAAACAAUGGAACCAUUGUGUUCUAAAAAUCAGAUAAUGGGGAUUAUUAAUAUAGUGCACUAAUUUUAUUGUUCAUUUAUUUUAUUCGUUUUAAUUCACUAGUUCAUUAUGAGAUUAAAAUGCUGUUGGGUCGUGACUCCGCCCACAGAGGCUACAGAGCCCUAAGGCGGCCACGCCUCCAAGAUCACGUCAUAAACCUUUACUUUUAGUUCAUAGCUGCAUUAUAAUGAAUUUUUUAUACUUAAAAGUGACGAGUAUGCAAAACGUGAGCCUGUAUACAGCAAACUGGAAUGAAUAUGAGUGUAGGAAAGAGUGUGAUUUGGGACAUGGGUUUGUAAAUGGGUACCGCCUAUACCCCAGUCAGAGCCACGCCUCCUGGAGCUGCAGCCUGGCCGAAGAGGACGACACGGCGCUUCUGCUGUUUCUGCUGUCAAUGGCACCGAAGGUAGAAGAAUAAAUAAAAGAACGACGCCUACAACACUAAAGCAAAACAAGCUACAGAAAGUAUGGACUACAGAAGAUUGAAGUGAAAGAGUUGUCAGCGGCGUGUCUCCGAGCCGUAGGUGUGUAUGAGGAGACUCCACAGUGCCUGCGCUUCUGCUGCUCGGUUGUGUUGUGUUGUGUUUACACGCGCUUUUUAGGCGCCACGUUUCAGGACUCUGAACUUGAUCAACUUCAGCUCGCACUCCUGACUUUCUCAAUGCAUGCGUGAAAAAUAUCUCCAGGUGUACAGACUCAUUUCUUUAGGGAAAAAAAAACUAGAGUUUGCUACAGCUCCAUGCGGGACGCCUGGGGGCUCCGUCAUCCUAAGAUUUUGCAGGACGAUCUACAACACACACGCGCACUCACACGUACAGACGCACUCCAUGUGAUUUGUUGCACGAAAGAGAUCCAGGUGUCGAGUCGCGUGGUUUUAGAGUUCCCUUUUGACCUGGUUGAAUCUUGAAGUGGACAUGGAGGCGGCAGAGGACAAAGGGAGAGGGAGAGGGAAGAAGGAGAGGAGCUUCUCGCUGUGGUAUGUGGGCUGCAGCGCGCUGGACCGGCGCACCACGCUGCCCAUGCUUCCGUGGCUGGUGGCCGAAAUUCGCCGGAAGAGUGAAUCCGGACCGGUCCAGGCUCGGCAGGUCCACCUCUCCCUGAGCCCCCCGGUGAUCCGCUGCGUGCCUGCAAACAGCAGCAUCGCGUCCGUCUUUAUAUUCGAGCACAAGGCGCAGUGCAUCUCCCGCUUCAUCCACAACAGCCAUGACCUCGCCUACUUCGCCUACCUCAUCCGCAACCAGCCGGACGACCCGGAGUGUGAAAUGGCCUGCCAUGUGUUCAAGGCGUGCGACCCAGACCAGGUGUCUGAGGUCAUCAGCAGCAUCCGGCAUGCCUCCAAAAGUGCACUCAAAGAGGAAAGCAAGCCGAAGCAAGAGGCCGAGGAGUCCUUUUACAACUCGCAAAAGUUUGAGGUGCUUUACUGUGGCAAGGUGACUGUGAACCACAAGAAAGCACCCUCAUCCCUGAUAGACGACUGCAUCGACAUGUUUCGGCAGCACGAGUCAGAGCGCAGACGUCUGCGCCUGCUCAAUGGUCAGCGCGCUGUGGAGACGCCACUGGUGUUCACCAUGGGAGACGACCCACUCAGCGCUUCGCUCUCUGAAGCUGCAACCUCAGAGAUAAAUGAAAAGGCAGGCAUUACACGCACUGCUUUCCCCGAAUGCAUUCAGGAGGAUUCAGGCUUCGAGCAGCAGGAGUUCCGCACUCGCUGCAACAGCUUGGCGGGUGGCUUGCAGAAAAUUCCUAGGGAAACUGGAGCCAACGUGCCAACACGCAGGAGACAUGCCAGCGCACCUAAUAACGUUCAGCCCUCUGAUGCAGACAAGAACCGCACCAUGUUGUUUCAGGUUGGACGGUUUGAAGUGAAUCUGAUCAGCCCUGACAGCAAGACAGUUGUGCUGGAGAAGAAUUUCAAAGAUAUCUCAUUUUGCUCCCAGGGAGUGAAGCAGACUGACCACUUUGGGUUCAUCUGUCGUGAUGUGUCAGAGACAGGGCCCAGCCAGUACUUGUGCUACGUGUUCCAGUGUGCCACUGAGUCUCUGGUGGAUGAGGUUAUGCUGACUCUGAAGCAGGCCUUUAGUACAGCUGCUACACUGCAGAGCUCCAAAACCCAAAUCAAGCUAUGCGAGGCCUGUCCAAUGCACGAGCUGCACAAGCUGUGCGAGCGGAUCGAAGGUCUGUACCCUCCGAGAGCAAAGCUGGCCAUUCAAAAAUACCUCUCCCUGCUGAGCGAUAAUGAGCAGGCAGACAUUUUUGAACGCGUGCAGAAGAUGAAACCAAGCAGUGAUCAGGAGGAGAAUGAGCUGGUCAUUCUUCACCUCAGGCAGCUAUGUGAAACCAAACAGAAGACACAUGUACAUAUGGGAGAGGCUCCGCAGAAUGCAGUAAGCUCAGAGAGCUCAAGUGCAGCUGGACGGAAUAAGCUGGACGUGCUGAAGAAUAAAGCACGCAGCUCCCUCACCAGCUCCCUUGAGAACAUCUUUUCACGGGGUGCUAACCGGAUGCGGAUGCGUCUAGGAAGCAUGGGCAGCUUUGACCGACAAGACGAGUCUCCCGGUGAUUCUCCUCCAGGGACUCCCCCUGCCAUCUUGGAUGAGGACCCUGACGCCCCUCUGUUCCGUCGCCGAGCGCACACCUUCAGCCACCCUCCAAUCAAGAAGAGGAUCUCUUUCACAGAGUUACCGACACAGAGCAAGGCUCCUCUGCACAGACAAUAUUCUCUUGCUCCAGAGCUGCUGCUGAGCAGCCCGGUGCGUGUGCCAAGAAAACGCAGUGUCUCAGAGGGCGAGUCCUCCUUCAGCCUUCCCUCCUCCUUCUCCACUCCCACUUUCCUGAAAAGUUUUAACCUGGGCUCCUUCAGCUCACUGGCCUCCCUGCCGGACAGCCCCAAGAGUAAUGGAGAGGAGAGAAACAGGAGGCUGUCCGGCUGCAGCACCGACUCAGUGACUGUGGUGACUGCACGCAGAGUAUCUUGGCGCCAGCAGAUUUUUCUGAGAGUCGCGUCACCUAUGAACAAAGCUUCUGCCUCGAUGCAAAAGGCUGAUAUGGAUGGCAGUGAGCUGCUGCCACUUUCACCCCGUGCCUCACAACAGGAGCAAGACCCUAUAUCUGGGCUGCUGUCAUCUGCUCAAAGCAUGAGAGGAGAGAACGGGCGCCGUACCACUGCUGAUUAUAGAGCUCUGUGGAAGAAGGCCAUCCACCAACAGAUUCUUCUUAUUCGUAUGGAGAAGGAGAACCAGCGCUUGGAGGAAGCCAGCCGAGAUGAGCUACACAUCCGAAAGUUGAAGCUGGACUACCAGGAGGUGGGCGAGUGUCCCCUAGAGGUGCAGACUCUAUGGGAGAAAAAGCUUAAUGUGCCAUGCAGGACCAAAGUGCAGUGGGACAAAGACGAGAUCCACACUGCUAUCUGCCAGGGUGUCCCAAAAAGUCGGCGAGGUGAGGUGUGGCUGCUCCUCUCUCAGCAGUACCGCCUGCGUCAUCGUCUACCUCAGCGGCAGCAGCCUCCUGAUACGUCCUACCAGGACCUCCUUAAGCAGCUUACCACACAGCAGCAUGCCAUCCUGGUGGACCUGGGUCGCACAUUCCCCACGCACCAGUACUUCAGUGCACAGCUGGGCGCAGGUCAGCUUUCACUAUAUAACCUGCUGAAGGCCUACUCUCUACUAGACACGGAGGUGGGCUACUGCCAGGGUAUCAGCUUCGUUGCUGGAGUUCUGCUGCUACACAUGAGUGAAGAGCAGGCCUUCGACACACUAAAGUUUCUAAUGUACGAUCUAGGAUUUCGACGCCAGUACCGCCCUGACAUGAUCUCUCUGCAGAUUCAGAUGUACCAGUUAUCCCGGCUGCUGCACGACUACCACCGUGGUCUGUAUUCGCACCUGGAGGAGCAUGAGAUCAGCCCCAGCCUGUAUGCUGCACCUUGGUUCCUCACUCUCUUCGCCUCUCAGUUCCCCCUCGGCUUUGUCUCCCGCAUCUUUGACCUGCUAUUUGUCCAGGGCACAGAGGUGAUUUUUAAGGUGGCCUUGUGUUUGCUGAGCAGCCAUGAGGAAGAGAUACUGGAGUGUGACAGUUUUGAGACCAUUGUAGACUACCUUAAGACGACCAUACCGUCCCUCACACAAAACCAAAUGGAAGAGACAAUCACCAAGAAAUGGCUGAAGUGCACUCUUGUCCGGCAGGCUUUAGAGAUGGACAUCUCCAAGCAACUGCACGCUUAUGAGGUGGAGUACCACGUCCUACAGGACGAGAUGGUGGAUGCCGCUCCACUUUCAGAGGAAUCAGACAGGCUGGACAAACUUGAGAAGACCAAUGCCCAGCUCAAGAAGCAAAAUAUGGAUCUGCUAGAGAAACUACAGGCAGCACGGGUGAAAAUCCAGAGUCUGGAGAACAGCGUAGAGAGCUUCCUGGCACGCGAGAGCCAAAUGAAGCACAUGAUCCGCUCGCUGGAGCAGGAGAAGGCCAACUACCAGAAGACCAUCGAGCGCAUGCGCAGCAGCCUCCCUGCAGACGCAGCUGCUGUGGAGAUGACCCAGCUGAAGAUGACCAGCAACAGCAAAACCAAAGCAGUCAACAAAUAACAAUGAGUUAGCAAGCGUGUCCCUACAUCGGUGCAUGGUGGAGUAUGAAGAGGUUGUGGAUUUUAUUUUCCUCUAGCAUCGCAUUCAAGUUGCUGUUGAACUUUAGGCACAUGUCAAACUGACCAUGACUAAGAUCAAGGGUAGAUUCUGGCAGGGGGGAAUAUAACAAACAUUUGUCUUUCUGCAAAAUUCACCUUGCUGGUCACAUCCAUUUACUCUGAGCUCCCAUUCCUACAAAGAAAAAGUCCCCCGAAAAUCCUGCCAGUCUUGCUUUACUCUAUUGUACUAACUUCACUUCAGGUUUAAAGAUUAUGGCUCCUGCAUAGAACAGAAACUUUGCUUCUGUGUCAGCGGUGUUGAAAACACUUGAAAACAAGAUGAAUGUAUUUUUUUUUCCCCUCCAAAGUGCAGCAUGACUCAUGGCUGUGCAAGGAGGUUUGCUGCAUUGAUGUCAGCGUACGCUUUAAGACCGGCAGGCAGUGUGAUGUUUGAGCUCGCCGGAGAACUUUUCCUAAAGGAACACAACAAAAGCGGCAGUGACGCCAUCGAGCGCCAAAAACCAAAAUAUUUAGCUUAUCAGAUCGACACUCUGCUCAAAGAGCUUAACCCAAAGUUCAAGCAGGAAAUGAAACUCUCUCUGAAAUUUCCUCUGACUUUGCAGCACCGUCCAAAUUUAACCUACUCUCCAAACUCCCACACCUCUCUGGCAGUUCAUCAGAUACCGAAUGCGCUUCAAGCCAAAUCAGGCUUGCUGAAGACAGGAAGAGCGUAACACACUGUCUACCACAAUGCUGCAACGUACGCUCAUGAGUUAUGCAAGCUACACACUGAAAAGUUUGUUGCACAGGGCAUUUAAUGUUUAAAAAGUAUGCCAUGCAGGUUUUAUAGGCCUAUACAAAUUUUGAAAAACAAAAAACAACCAACUCCCAAACCCUCACUCAAGCUCUCCAUUUGAGUAAUUUCUGGAAAGCCUUCCAUAAGACAUAGCGCAUUAAUGAAGCCUUAUGAAUGUUUUAUGUCACACGUUUCUAAAGAACACCCAGUAACUGUUGCAGCUAUGCAGAAUGUUGUUGCACCUGACGUUGCAUCUGUUGAAGAAGUGAUUCGGUAUAAAGUCUGUCACACAAAAACAUCUUCCACCAGUAAAAAGCUGCUAUUUCACACGAUAUGAAUCGAGCGAAUGUGUGUAAAGCUUCUCAUUCAUUAUGCUUUAAAGGACAGCAUAAACAGCGCUCCAUGAUACAAAAAAUUCAUACCAUUUUAAGAGCAAUGAAUAUCACUUAUAUUAAAUAUAAAGAGUGAUUUAUUGAUUCAGAUGCUGGAGCGUGAGCUGGUUAAUGUCUGCAGUGGUGGACUGGUGCAGUGUGCAGUUUUUUUACUGAUAUUUUUAACGUGCUUUACUGGAUAUGUAAAGUGCAGAGAACCUGAAAUAAUGAACAAAAUGUAAAAAAAAAAAAAAAAAAAAUAGAAAUAAAAACAAGAAUCCAAAAAAAUAAAAAUCUAUAUAUGACUAUUCAUUAUAACUUUUAUGAGUGAACUUAUGAAUGCAAACUUCUGUAUUCUCCGUUUCAGAACAAUAAGCAGAAGCUCUCCAGGCCAUGUGCCAGAUACUACACUGUCUACUUUUUGACAAACUUUUUUCCCUCCUGGUCAUCUCUCAAAGGGCAACUUACUCCUACUCUUGUUUCCAGAAAGCUGAAAUCCUGCAGGGGGUUUACUGAUUGCUGUUCUGAUGUGGUUCUGUUUUAUUUGCUUUCCAAUUUUUAGCAAGUCAUUUAUCAAUGCAUUUAACUGUUUUAGGCUUUCGAAACUCUCUGGCUCAACAUAGCAGAUUUCUCUUAUUUUUUUAGUCCAUUUGUUUUUGUUUGGUCUUAAAGUGGUGUGCUGGCCAGCAGUGACAUUUUGACAGUGUUUCAUUUCUACGUCAAAUGCAGACAGACACUGUAGGUGUUAAGUGGGUUAUAUUGGUCUGAUAAUUGUGCACGGCUAAAGGCCAAAAACAGCUUUGUUUUAUUGUUUGGUAGCUUGGAACAGAAAUUGCCUCUUAUGCUGGUGUUAAAUCAUGUCCAUGUGUAUGUAAGCACUCGGGUCAGUUUUUAAAGAAAGGGUUUUGGCGUGCGAUGCCACCGUGCUGGUAAAAGAUCUCGAGACUAGCAAUAAGAAAGAACGUAACAACAUUUGAAUAAAUGAAGAAAAUACAAACAGCAAAUGAUUCCAAUGUAGAAACAUCUUAUUGUACCUUGUUCAUGACUCUGGUCUCUUUAUCUGCUGUUCUAAACAGCUGGAAAUACAUUUUCAUCGCUAUAUACCGACCACCUUUAUGUCGAAGUGUUAUGUAAUAUAUCAUAUUUGUGUGUACUCUUUACACAAAGCACAAUAUCCACAAUGCCAUUUCGUCUGUUAGGUUUGACUUUAAUCAUUGAGCAUUCAGUAAAUGCAUGUAGUGCUUGUGUCAGGCUGUUAUGGGUGGAGUACACAACUUUCCGUUGUGUUUUUAAUCAGGUCACACCUUUGUGCUCUUUAAGAAGUGAAAUAUGCAAAAUGAGAUGGGAGAUAAAAUCUAAAAUUCAUAUAAAAGUAAUCUAUAUCAAUGAAGGUGCACAUGAUGACAACUUUAUUUUUUUGUUGUUGUUUUUUUGUAUUUUAAAGAAGAUGCCAGAAAGCAAUCGUUGUCUUUUAUUAAACUUAACACCAGGUUACAUUUUGAAUAUUUUACCAUCAUGCUUGGGGACUUGCCGUACUGUCCGCACUGUUUAAUUAUUAUUGCUUUGUAAAUUGUGCAUUAUUCAAUAGAAUUUAAAUUUAAAUUAAAUUUGAAUUUAAAUUCUAUUGAAUAAUGCAGAAAAGUCUGGACUUUUUGUCCACUUGUAUGUAAAUCAAGAGCCUAUGUCUUAUUAAAACAUUCUUCACUGGCUUUUUAA